AAGAAUUCCCCUUUAAAGUGAUGGUAGCCAGUUAUCACACUGGCCAUGUUUCCACCAGUUUUGCAUUAUAUGGUCAGCUUUCCCCCCUCUUAAUAUACGAAAUAUCAAUGUGAAAACUUCCUAAAUUCAUUUUUAAUAUUAAGUCUGCCUGACGACCUGGAACAUUAAAGUGUGACAGGUAGGAUAGACUACCUCAUGAACAAAACUUUGAGCAGUAGCACAUUGGCAUUGCACAACCUCAGAUUUAAGCAGCUAGGUUUUCUGCAUCUACCUCUGAUCAAUGCAUUAAUGUUAAGUAUAAUUGUGUACCUGCAGCAUGACAUUUGGGCAAUUAAUCUCUUUAAUUAUCAUCCUACCGCUGAUUCAAAGUGAUGAUAUUGUGGGCGAGUGCUGAACCAGUCAACAAUGUCCACCCGUUAACAUUUAAGUCAUGUUGGAUCAACAACAGGAAGGCACAGUGUGCAGCUCUCCUGUUAUGAUGGGUCCCCUGCAAAGCUCCUGUAGUGGCUAAUUCUGAAAAACAUAAUGAAUCUGAUAGUAUUAGUUUGUGCAGUUUUAUGGUGAAGUUGAAAUAUAUUCCAGUAUGUGUUUAAAUAACCUAAAGUGAGUAUUUUAAGAUUUUUUAAAAGAUGUUUUGGGGAUGUGUAAGUUUUUUACAGUGUCAUCAAGGUUAAAGAUGACCUCCUCCACUUAAAACCAGUCUUCUCCACCAAUCACAUCCCUCCGUUGGCUCCUGGAUGAGGAGGAUUUGAAGACAAAGUAUUCCAGAUCUGCACAUCUUUCUGCAAUCGGCUCCUGCAUUACUGACCUGCCGGGUUUAGCCUUAGUUGGUUGUGGGAAGAUGUUUUGCUCUCAGAUGCAGGUUCUUCUAAUUGCUUUGUGUUCCUCCAUGCUGGUGGUUCCUGUGAGUGCUGCUGAAGGAGUGAACGAACUGCUAGAAGCCACACAAGAAGAACUUAUAAGUGAUGAGGAUCUAACUGAUUUGAUCCUGCUGAGGUUUAUCUCGGAGCUGAUGGCGUCCAGGGGAGAAAUGAUGCACCGCGACCUUGAGGAGGAUGAAUUAAGCGGCAGGGGGAGGCUGAUGAGGCGACACAUCCGCUUCGCUCACAGACAGCGAAAGGCCGGCUGCCGAAACUUCUUCUGGAAGACUUUCACCUCAUGUUAGCAUGAGACAUGUUAGGACUUUUCAACCUGGGAUGUUUCUGCUUUUAAAUAAAAUAAAUCCUCUCCUGCAAUACAGCAAGUUACUGCAAAGUAAGAAGUAUAUAGAGAUUAAUCAAUCAGUGGUCUUUAAAAAGGCUCUUAUUAUUCAUUUUUCAGUAAAUCUGAUUGCUCUGGUAUUCAAACUGCUGAUAAUAAAGAGUAAAUAACCUUUGAUCCUUCAUUUACUGCAUUAGGUUACAGAAAAUAUUACA